AUGGUUCCCUCUCCGAGAAAAACGCGAACAUCUCCUCGAAAGAAAGCUUGGGCUUCUCCAGCUAAAUCUGCAAUAUCGUCCAUUUCUUCAAUUUUUAAUGAAGCUGAUUUCUCCCCUUUGAACUCCUCUUGGGCUGAAAUUACGGCAAAUGAUGAGAGCUUAAAUGAAAGCCUCAAAGAAAAUUUAUCCAAAAGUGAAUCUAGAAGGAAUAGAAAGGCCGUUGCGCCCAAAAAGGUGAACUCUAAACCUAAAUUUGUUCGUUCGUUGGAGCUCACUGAAGAGAUACUCACAAAUAGACGUUCAGAGAGAAUAAAAGAUAAGGUUGAGACAAUACGGGUGGAGAACAGAACUCAUAUUGAAAUCACUUCAACAAAAACUUACGAGUCGCGAAAGCGCCAUCUAAGCAGCGCAUCGUCAGCCACAAUAAAUGAGGACUGUGAUGGAUGUUCCCCUGUAAAGAGAGCCCCUCCAUCCAGUGGACGGCCUGCUCGUAAAAAUCUCAAAACCGACUCUCCAGUAAGGAGUCCGUUUAGAAGCAGGUGCCUUUUCCCUUCUACCCCCACAGAGUCAAGAAAUUCUACCCCAAGAGAGUUCACUCCCAAGGACUUCUGGGAAGAUCCAGCUCUGGGAUGGUGCAAAGAUCAAGCAACCCUCGAUCGACGCACUAAAGAAAUAAAUCGCGCCAAAGAGAAGCCUGUUUAUGCUCGAUAUUUGGAAGAAAUUCCACGCCAUCUUCGCGUUAAGGGGGUGCAUCCGCGAACACCCAACAAGCACAUUAACUUCAGCCGUAGAUCUUGGGAUGCCCAGAUGAGAAGUUGGAAACGUAAUUUAUACGACUGGGCCGGUGAGGAACCUUCCGAUUCUGUGAACACAUCCUUCUGUAGCUACAGCUCUGAUGAACUUAAACAUGUG